UAUGCUGAAUUUUGUGUUAGAGUGCGGCACUGAUCAGUACCACAUCGACAUGCCAAAACCAUGCGGCAUUGCCUCGGCACUUCUCUUAUGAGAAGGAAAAAAUGAAAUCAGAAAGACAUUCGAAAUACUAGAAGUAGACCGUAGCGUUAAUAUAGAUAGAAAUUGACAAAACAAAAUGGUGAUUGAAAACAAAACUUGGGCACUGGUGCGCAUCGGUGUCCAGAAAAAAUAAAUAUUCGGCACCGGUGCACAACCAGUGUCGAUAAAAUAUUUUUUUGUAGGCGGCCUACAAUAUUCUCUUCUACCGUUGGAUGUUUUUCAGCAACAUCUUUGUACGUAUAAUUUCUUCAAUCUUAUUAUGACAGACUAUAUUAAUAGAUUUCUCAUUGUUCUUGACUGCAUUUAUACUUGUUAUUUUCCGUUUUGUUUAUUUUUUUUCUCUUUUCACGCUUCCUAUUGUAGCUUCUUCUUUAUUUCUACUGAUACUGUCUGCGCAUAAAAAAGAACAAACGUAAUAAAUCAACCACCCAAACUACUGUUCUUUUCUUUUCUUACUCACAGUUCGUGGUUGGAACUAUCGCAGACCAAUCUGUAGUAAUCUGAGUCGAAAGAAAACAAGUGGUGCCAUCUCAUCACGAUUUCUCACUUAGACAACACAACACCAUAAUCAUCGAGGUUCAAUUUCAUGGUCUGAAAAGGUCAAAAAAUGUCCAGUAUAAAACUCCGGUCAAAAAAUGUCUUUUCCGAGUUCAAGAAGUUAAUAACAAUAAUCUGACUGAAAAUUAAUUCUAUAAUAAUUCUGAAAUAAUCUUCAUUGGUUUUUUCCUCUUUUCAGAUUAAUUAAAUCCUUUUUGUUCAAUCUUACAGUUAUUUAUAAUUAUUCGGAUAAUGCGCAAAAGAAAUGAUAUUCAAAUGUUGCCGACAACAUCUCAAUUAGAGCCUCAUCGUCAAAUUCAUGCAGCAGCAGGCGCUCAAACUACUGGAGGUUUAAAGGGCAUUAUCGCUGGUGGUAUAACCGGUGGCAUCGAAAUAUGUAUUACAUUUCCAACAGAAUAUGUCAAAACACAAUUACAAUUGGAUGAAGGUGGUAGCAGACGUGGUUUACCAAGGCAAUAUACAGGGCCUAUUGACUGUGUUAAAAAAACCGUUAAAUCUCAUGGUUUUUUUGGAUUAUAUCGCGGUCUCAGUGUGUUAUUAUAUGGCUCUAUACCGAAAAGUGCCGUAAGAUUUGGAGCAUUUGAAGAAUUCAAAAAGCAUGCUGUGGAUGAAAAAGGACAAUUAGAUACAAAAAUGAGAUUGCUAUGUGGAUUAGGUGCUGGUUUAUGUGAAGCCAUAUUUGCUGUUACUCCAAUGGAAACAGUUAAAGUAAAAUUUAUUCAUGAUCAAAAUAUGGCGAAACCAGCCUUUCGUGGCUUUUUUCAUGAUGUGUACAAUUUUUUUUUGUGCGCAGGUUUACGUGGAUGUUAUCAAGGCUUAACAGCAACUAUGUUAAAACAGGGAUCAAAUCAAGCAAUUCGAUUUUACGUUAUGGAAACGUUGAAGGAACAAUACAGAAAAUAUUACAAUAUGAAAACAAAUGCACCGGUGCCGAUACUUAUAACGGGUAUUAUGGGUCUUCUUGCUGGUGCGGCAAGUGUAUUUGGAAAUACACCACUUGACGUUGUCAAGACGCGAAUGCAAAGUUUGGAAGCAUCAAAAUAUAAGGGAACAUGGGAUUGUGCUGUGAAAAUUAUGAAAUAUGAAGGACCAAAAGCAUUUUACAAGGGAACAGUUCCUCGUUUGGGUCGUGUUUGUGCUGAUGUGGCAAUUACGUUUAUGAUUUAUGAUAAAUUCAUCGAAGCGUUCAAUAAAUUUUGGCCAAGUUAA